AAACAAAUUAUUAGUAUUGAAUUGUUUGGAAAUGAGUUGACUGAUGCUUGUUGUGAAUUAGUUGCUGAAAUGCUCAAGACUAAUAAGGUUUUGAAGAGAUUGAAAUUGGGUGACAACAAAAUUGGUCCAGAAGGUGCCAGAAUCCUAGGAGAAGGUUUGAAACAUAAUCAAACCUUGACACAACUCCACUUGGGUGGAAACAAAGUUGAUGUUGUCGGUAUUAAGAGUAUUGCUGAUGCUCUUAUUAAUAAUACAUCUUUGACUUCAUUGGGUUUAAGAGAUAAUGGUAUUGGAAGUGAUGGUAUGAAAUAUUUGGCAGAAACACUCAAGUCUAAUACUCAAUUGAGUGAUAUUCAAUUGAAAGGAAAUAGUAUCAAGGCUAUGGGUGCUUCGUGUCUUUCAACUGCUUUAAUUACUAACCAAUCUCUCAAAGUUCUUGAACUUCAAUCAAAUGCUAUUGGUCCAGUUGGUGUCAAGAGUCUUUGUCAAGCUCUCAAAGACAAUCACAGCGUUCAUGCUCUCAAUUUUAAUGACAAUGAACUCGGAGAUGAAGGUGCUCUCUACGUUGCCAAUCUUCUCAAAGUUAAUCCAUCAAUUACUACUUUGGGAUUGGCAAAUAAUAGAAUUAGAAAAAAGGGUGCUGUAGCUCUUGCAGAAGCAUUGAAAUGUGAGCAAACAGCUGUUACUGGAUUGGAUUUAGGUAACAAUGAAAUUGGUAAUGGAGGUGCAGUUGCACUUUCAGCUGCUCUUGCAGUCAAUACAGUCCUUACUUCUCUAGAUUUGAGAAGUUGUGAAAUUCACUUGAAGGGUAUUUUAGCUCUUUCUAAUAUGGCAGAAACCAACACAACCCUAAGACACUUAGAUUUAGGUGCUAACUAUGCAAAGAACCAAGGUGCUUCAAGUUGGGCUCAAGUUCUCUCCAAGAAUAGAUCAUUAACAAGAUUGUGCUUGACAGACAAUCAAAUUUAUCAUGAAGGUGGUGAAGCACUUGCAAUUGGUUUACAAAGUAAUUACACUUUACGUAAUUUCUCC